AUGUAUUGCGUAGAUGAGAAAUGUAAUAUUCGUUUUCCGUAUAAACUUCAUCAAAAAAUUCACGUUCACCCUCUUCCAAAAUGUAGUUUCAAAUUUGCAAAUUCAAAGAUAGGCGUACCGAUUUGGAAAAAAGUGAAAAUUAACGACUUCAUUUUUUACGAUACCGAAAAUCAUCAAACUCCACCUUACAAUCCUUUAACUGAUCCACAUUUAAAGUCAUUCUUCAAACGCAAAGUUUAUUUGAAUGCUCUAAGAAAAAAUCAAUUUAUAACUGACGACAAUUACGUUCUUUGUUCUACUAAAAAUAUAAACGACUAUCGAAAUUUUCUGCAUCGAAUUAAGACAGAAGUUGAUGCUGUGGAUAGACGAAAGAAAAAUUGUUCAGAUUUAGACUUUCAUCGAAUAAAAUUGUCAAAUUUGCUUUUUGAUAAAAUUCAAAAGAAAAAUCUUAAAUCUAGGGGAAAGAGUGAAAAAAUUCAAGGUUGCGUUGGUGUUCGUUGUAGAAAUAUUAAUCCACUCAAACAUGAAACUAUAUUUGAGUUAAAGAAAAUGUAUAAAAUGCAUCAUGAAAAUCAAAGAAAGAAACAAUUCCUUGAAGGCAUCAGAAAUUAUGAUUUACGUUUAAUUAAAAUAAAAGAAAUGCAGCAAUUGAAGCACAAACAAUUCAGAGAGCGUGCUGUUAAACGUGAACUCGAGACCAUGGAGAAGCAAAAAUACGUAAAAGAACAGCGAAAAAUACACCGAACGAAGACGAAAAAUUCAAUCAUUGCAAAGGAGAGAAUGCUCCAGAAGAAAAUAGGGAAAUUUUUGUCUCAGCAAAAGAAAAUCAAUCUUAUUGUGAAGUGCCCUGAGGUAAGAGAUUGGUGAAGAAAACUUAGGAAAAAGAAAAACUUUUGAAUAACUUAAAGGUCUGCAUGCAAAACUUUUCUAUUGAAUAAAAGAAUAAGAAUGUUGAGAAAUUUUCUUAUCUCA